GAAAUAGGCCAUUAAGUUUGCCAUGCAAUUAUUAAGCUUAUUUUGUUGUAAAGUCUCUUUCUGAAGGUGUCAACCUUGAUGGCUUUGAAAUUUGAAUUCUCAAAUCUUAAGUAAUCUUUUAAUCAAACACCUUGAAUACACUACCAUGUGAUAUACCAUAUAAGCCCUUGUGGGCUUGUCUAUAUGAAGACCCCAUCAAAUAGUACCCUAAUAAAGAGACUCUCAUGUUAUAUCUUAUGUCUAUAUAUACACACUAUGACUAUGGAACUCUCAAGCAAUUCAAGUAACUCACAAAGUUAUAAUUGAAACAUUUCCUUCUUACACAAGCAACAGAAAAAAACAAUGGGAUUCCGUUUACCUGCUAUUAGAAGGGCAUCAUCAGAAGUUCCGAAAGGCUAUCUCGCAGUCUAUGUUGGAGAGAAAAUGAAGCGGUUCGUGAUUCCUGUAUCAUACUUGAAUCAACCUUUGUUUCAAGAAUUACUAAACCAAGCCGAAGAAGAAUUCGGAUAUGAUCAUCCAAUGGGUGGUCUCACAAUUCCUUGUAGUGAAGAUGCUUUCUUAGAUCUCAAGUCUCGCUUAGCUUGAAGUAGCUACUUAUUAAUUAAUCAUAGUAGAGAAAUCUGACAUAGAUUAUUAUAGAUUAGUCGAGGAAAAUUGUACAGCAGGCACUUUUGCUUUUCAUUUUUGUCCUUUUUUGUAACUGCAAAAUGCAAUCUCAUUGAUAUAGUAAUGAACAAAAAAUUAAAUAGUUCAUCUA